GUAAUCCCUAAGUUAAACAAGUUUAAACUAAUUUCCUACGUUACUUUCUAUAACUAAUUUAUAACAAACUUUAUCAUGAUUAUGAACACUAUUUAAAAAAGAAAAGAAAACAAAAGCUGCUUUUUUUUUUCUCUGAAUUUCAACUUUCUCGGAAACCAAAAAUGCUUUCUUUACCAUUGUCGUCGUCGUCUUCUUCUUCUUCUUCUUCUUCUUCUUCUUCAUUCUCUCUGGUACAUCACCAUCAUCUUCUUCUUUUGCUCUGUUUGGCUUCAUAUGUUGUUUUCACAGUUUCAUCACUCAUCACUGAUUCAUCAUUUGCUUCACUUAUCGAGUAUUUAUUUGAUCAUUCUCUGAACUUCCUCGAUCGAGUUCAAUUUCAAUCGGAGAAUUUAGGUUUUUUGUUGAUCAGUGGAAAAUCAGUAGAAAAUAAGAAUAUUGAUAUAUUUAAAGUUAUUUAAGGAAAAAUGUCUUUGGCAUCCAAGACUCUUCCUGUUCUUCAUCCUAUCAAAUCUUUGCCUCCUGGUUUCAAGGUUAAUGGUAAUCUGACCCGUGAUCUAAUGGAAAGCCAGGGAGAUGCUAAAUUGAGAAGUAGUGGUUUGGUUGGAUCAAGUAGUCCUGAAAAUGAUGCUCUGAUCGGAGAUGUUUCUGAAGAAUCUCAAGACCGUGCAGGUGGCACGAGUCUUUUCAAUGAAGAUCUAGCGUAUAGUGGAAAAGCUGUAUUAUUCGAAGACAGGGCAUCUAUUGGUGAUGAAAACUUGGAAUCUGUUCCUCUCCCCUUCCAAACAAUUUCAGUGUCCUCUAGGGAAUCGAGGUGGAGUGAUACAACACCUUGUGUUUCAAAUAAUGUACUUUUAGCUUCAGAUUCAAUUAAUCUUAUCCUGGGUUUGGAAAGUUUUUAAGGUUGAAUGCAAUAUAGUUAUUCAGUUGGAUAUAUGUGCUGAUUUUCCUGGAUGGGUUGAUCAAGAAUUGAAUGCAUUUUUUCAAAUUUUUUAAUUGGAAAUUUAAAGCUCAAAUUUUAAAUUUUGUUUGUGUUUAUGUAACUUAAUUAUAAUGUCAUUAAUUUUUAAAUGAUUUCUCAAAAAUGAACCCCAGUGCUUCAAAACACUCAUGACUUACCAGUGUAUGUCCUAUAGUGCGUGUACAUGAAAACUGAUCCAGAAUUCAUGAAUGUUAGCUACCAGUAGUAGAGGAACUUUGCAUCUUCUUGAAAUUUGAUGUUAGUUUGAUUGAAAGAGAUUGUUAAUACAGAGGAACUUUGUGUCUAAGAUUAAGAAACAUCUAUAAGAUUAUAAGAAUGCAUCAGAAUCAUAUUGGUUGAAACUUGAAAGUUCAUAUUUUGUAGUUGCCAAUUUUGGUUGAGUGUCAGGUUUCGAACAUGAUAGGAGUCAGUUGAAAUUGAAAAUACUGCAUUUUAGAUAAAGGUAGGUCAAAACAAAUGAAAGUUGGCAUGAGGUUGAUCUAGACUUCUAUCAGACAACUUAUAAUCCAGCUGUAAAAAUUUCUGGAAUUUAACCAGAAACAAGGAAAAUAUCAGGUUUUUACUGCAUAAAGUUCAACUGUUCUGGAGCAGUGCCUUAAAAGGUUGAGUUUUUUUUUUGACUAAAUAUUGAGUUUUUUUUUUUGACAAAAAGAAUGAGUUUUUUUUUUUAACUCUAACAAAUCAUGUCAUUUCAUUUAUGACAAAGUGCGAAAUACAAGAUGGAACCUUGAAGUUUGAACUAACACCAAUGAGGGAUCUAAAAUUGUACAGUCGACCCAAACUUUGAUAUGCUUUCCUUGUCGUGAUAGAUAGCCUCAACUACUACUUGGAAGUCCAGCUAAAACUGACAUUUUGUAUCCCAAGUCACGGUCCCACUGGAUGGUGAGCGAAAGACCCAUGACCUCGCCUUCUUUAACAGACACCUUUGGAGCAAACUAAGUGGUGUAGGCUUUGAUGAAUCCCCCAGAUGCAUCUUGAAAUCAGAAACCUGUGCUUGAAAACAUGCAUCCAAGUUAUGUUAUAUUUCAACUUUCCUGGAGGAGGCUUAGUCCAGGGAUAUGAAUUUUUUUUCUUCAAUUUCUUUGAUAUACAUUAAGUUGGGAAGCAAUUAAGAUUGGGAAUGGCCAUGGUCUUAUUUGUCUUCUGCUAUCACUUUAGUCCAGUAUUGUUUUUGACAUAUCCUUAUGUGGCAGUUUGAAAAUUGAAGUUGAUUGAUUACUCAUUUUCGUUUAUAUUUUUGGUUUUAUGAGUCAGUUCUGUCUAUCCUUUCUUCGGACUUCUGAGAGUGUUUUGUCUUGAUAAAGAGUAACUUAUGUCAAUUCAUAGAUUUGCUACUGUUUGUUGCCUGUCACUAUUAUAUUCCCAAUCAAAAGCAUCUAUGCCUUUGUUAUUUCUAUAUUCUUAAUUAAUGAUUUUAUUAUGUGUGUGAAUUUGUUUUACUGAGGAAUGCCAUGGAAUUGUAAGCAAUUAUACUAUUACUUCAAUUAUAAUUUUGUAAAAGAUUCAAAACAGGUAAUAUCAUGUUAGCAAUUCCAGAAAAUAAUUUGACGAGCCUGUUUGAGUUAUCAAUCAUUAUUUGAUUGCCUUAAAUUUGGAAUUUUUUACGUCUUUCCCUUACUUCUGGUGUUAACUAUUUCAGAAACUUUAGUCUUGGUUUCAACUUCCAAAUGGGAAUUGGGAGCUGGCAAAGAUAAUAACAACUUCUGGAACAGAAUCAGUUAUUUCAUUGCCUGAUGGGAAGGUUUUAAAAGUGAAACAAGACAGUUUGGUAUCAGCAAAUCCUGACAUUCUUGACGGAGUGGAUGACCUCAUGCAACUCAGUUAUUUGAACGAACCGUCAAUUUUAUACGAUCUACAAUAUAGAUACAAUCAAAAUAUGAUUUAUACAAAAGUGGGGCCCGUUUUGGUUGCUAUAAAUCCUUUCAAGAAAGUUCCUCUGUAUGGUAACAAUUAUAUUGAAGCCUACAAGCGUAAAGCAACCGAAAGCCCUCAUGUAUAUGCAAUUACAGACAGAGUCAUCCGAGAACAAGAUGAAGUAAAUCAAUCUAUAAUUAUAAGUGGUGAGAGUGGAGCUGGGAAGACUGUGACAGCAAAGAUAGCAAUGCAGUACUUGGCUGCUCUUGGAGGUGGAAGUGGAAUAGAGUAUGAGAUACUGAAGACUAAUCCAAUACUAGAAGCCUUUGGUAAUGCAAAAACUUUGAGAAAUGACAACUCAAGUCGUUUUGGAAAGCUCAUUGAGAUUAACUUUAGUGAAACUGGAAAAAUUUCUGGUGCUAAUAUUCAAACAUUUUUGCUUGAAAAGUCUAGAGCAGUUCAAUGCAAUGAAGGGGAAAGGACAUAUCAUAUAUUUUAUCAGCUAUGUGGUGGUGCACCACCAUCUCUUCGGGGUACCAAGGAUAGGAUGAGUUGUACAAUGGGGGUUUUAAGCUUCACAAGGUUUUGAGGUAUUGCAAACUAGGUGUAUACAUUUUUGUACUCCUCCUUUUAGUUUGCAAUACCUCAAAAAUUUAUACACAAAGACAAAUUACCUAUUCAUAAGGAGGAGUACAAGAUCACUUUAAGAAGGAGAAGAGCGACUAUCUUAACACUCUCCCCAUUGUAUAGUGCCACUUUGCCCUCCUUUUCAAUUUUUUUUUUAUAAACAUCAAUUCCCAAAACGUUUGAAUUUAUGGCAUAAA